GUUUGGGAACCACUUUGAGAGUUGCAUCACCCUCAAACCCAUUCCACUACUCUCCACCACUACUUCAAGUACAAAACUGGUUUAUGCAAAGUUGAGAUUUUUGUAACUGUUUUGAGGUACUAUACUACUAUUCCUGAAGCGGGGUCUUUGAUCUUGUGAUGGAUUCAUGGAGUUUUGUUCCCGAAGAUAAUAAAGGGUAUGUUUCUAAAGCUUCAAUCUUGGGUUGGGAACUUAAAACCCCAUCUAGUUUUUUAGGUCAACAAAACAUUGAAAAUGACAAUAAUCAAGGUUUUGAGGAAUUGGGUUUUCAUGGAAUGUUGGGAAAACAAUUCUCUAAUGUUAUUGAUGUUGAUGAUGAUGUUGUUGAUGAUGUUCACAGAAGAAAGAUUGAUAAUGAUGUUGUUAUGGCUGCACCAAAUGCAUUUUCUGGAAGAGAACUUUCAAACUCAUUAGGAGACACUAAUGGAUGUAAUUCAAUCAUUGAUUUGAAGCUUGGUAGGUUUGGUGAGCAUGGAGAUGCAAUUGGAACAUCAUUUUCAAAAGGGACUGCGAUUUUAUCCUCGUCUGGAUCAUCAUCGACACCGCCUAAGAGAGUGCGGUCUUCAAGCGUUCAUUCUCAGGUUGCUUACUGCCAAGUCUAUGGUUGUAAUAAGGAUCUGAGUGGUUGUAAAGAUUAUCACAAAAAGCACAAAGUUUGUGAUACUCAUUCAAAGACUUCCAAAGUUAUAGUCAAUGGUAUUGAACAAAGAUUUUGUCAACAAUGUAGUAGGUUUCAUUUGCUGGUUGAAUUUGAUGAUGGUAAGCGUAGCUGUCGUAAACGCCUUGCAGGCCAUAAUGAACGCCGCAGAAAGCCACAAGUCGGUAUUCACUCGGGAAGAGCUGGGAGAUUGCUUCAGUCAUAUAGCGAUAGCAGAUUCCAGGGAAGCAUGCUAACAUCGGCAUCUUUUAUAUGCCAAGAGUUACUCCCCAGUGAGGUUUUGUCUUCUGAGAAAUGUGGAACCAGUAACUGGUGGAGGCCUAUAAAAGGCGAAGACGAAACUGGAACCGGUUUUCGGCCUCCUUCUUCUGUUCCAAUUACCAAUGCACAUCCUCAUUCACAAACUCUAUUUCCUUCAUACAGUAAUAAGCAAUUUCCCUUCCUUCAUGAAAACGGAGCUGCAUCUGCUACAGGAAGCAUGUUCUGUGAAAACAAUACUCAAUAUCCUCCUAUCCUCGGAGGCUCGAGUUCUGGAUCACAAUCAUUAUUCCAAGAUACUUCCUUAGGAAGUGAGGACUUCCACGUUUUUGAAACAGAAUCAACUGUUCAAGGAUUAUCGGGAGUUUCAGACGGUGGUUGUGCUCUCUCUCUUCUGUCAUCUCAAUCCCAGAACUCUUCAAGCCAAUCAUCAGUAAUCCCAAUGCCUCGUCCUUUGGUCAUUCCAAGCAGCCAUUACAGCAUGAGUGGAGUGUCGGAUAGGUUUCCGUCUGAGCUAAAUCCUACAGAUGGAAGUCAUCUUAGUCCUAUAUUGAUAUCCGACAAUGAUGAAAUUGUACAUUUCGAAAUGGCUGAUGGGAUUUUCCAAGGGUCUGAUUUUGGCAAUGUGAAAGAUCGUCUUUCAUGUGAAGAUGGCAUGACCAUUGACUUGCUUCAAUUAUCAUCACAACUUCAGCGUGUCGAACAUCAGAGACGAGCCUUGCAGGUGAAGCAAGAAAACGAUUCUUCUUGCUCUCUUCGGAUUACUUAACAUGCUUUCAACAGGAAAGAACUUGUCCUUGUGCAGCAUGUUGUGACAGACACCAAUGGUAUCCAACUCGUGAGAUGCUAACUAGUUCGAGUAGUUCUCUUGCACCGAUUUGGUUCGAGAAUCUGAUCGAUGACCGGGACGCAAUAGUCGCUCUUAAUCUGCAUAAAAUCAAUCUAUGAUGUAAUAAUGAAGAAAUGUAUCAAAGCGUGAUAUUCAUUCAGGUUUUUAUCAUAAAUACUUCAAUAUGGACAAUUUAGUGAA